AUGGAAAAGGACCCCUCUACUUCCACCCGAAAGAAGAUUGACCAUUAUUCCUAUCGCCUCAAUGAACGCAUCGGCAAGGGCUACUCCUCCCAGGUCUACCGGGGCCGCGAUGAUCUCACCAACGAGCCCGUCGCCCUCAAGGUCAUCGACCUCAAGGGCCUCAAGGACGCUGUCUCGAAGGAGAUGCUCGAAUCCGAAACCGCCAUCCUCAAGGAACUCAACCACCCCAACAUCCUGAAAUGCCUCGAAGUGCUCAAGACCUCCAACCACUGCUACAUCAUCACCGAGCUGUGGCGAGGGCGGCGACCUGGCCUCCUCGAUCAAGAAGAAGGGCAAGGCUUCUUCGAAAUUGGGAAAUUGAACAUCCUCCAUCGAGACCUGAAGCCGGCCAACAUCUUUCUGAAUGAGGGGGUCUGCAAGAUCGCGGAUUUCGGGUUCGCCAAGAAAAACUCCACGCCAGGUAUGCGCGAGAAGUACAACGUGGGCUCGCCGCUUUACAUGUCCCCGGAGUCUCUGAAAAGGAACGUGUAUUCCACAAAAAACGAUAUCUGGUCGAUGGGCAUCAUCCUCUACGAAAUGCUCUAUGGAAAGACGCCCUGGGAUUGCCGAUCCGAAAAGGAACUGAUCGACAAAAUCACCCGCAUUCCGGUUUCCUUCCCCUCCUCGCCCAGAGUCUCUGAUGACACCAAGUCCCUGAUCAGGCGGUGCUUGGACCCAGAAGAGCACACUCGAAUCUCCCUUCAGGAAAUGCAAGCCCACUCUGCGCUGAAGGGUCAGGAGCGGGACCGCUUUAGGCUGGGCACCGAUGAAAACCAACCACCUGCUCGCGAGACAAGAAGCAACUCGUUCCUACCUCCGGUUCGCAUCCUAGGAGAGCGGAGCAACAACGACCGCAGGAAAGAGCACUCAGUCGACCCCUUCGCCUACAAGCAGUCGAUGAACAUGUCGGUCACGGAGCGAACUGUCAAGGCUCCUUCCAUGGUUGGAGGCAACAAGGAGAACAAGGGCAAACCGGUCAUGAGCAAGGAGCAGGCCAUCGAGCGGAUCAACCAAUGUCGACUUAUCUACAAGCUGAAGGAGCAGCUGGGUGACUCGAGUGAGCUGGCCCCGCAGCUGAGGCUUGAGCUGCUGACCAGAAUCACGGAGCUUCACAAGGAGUCGCAUUCGGACAGGGUCCGCAAAGUGGUCGACGAGUACUACAACAAGUACACCACAUCCGUCAUUGGCAAGGCUCAGCAUUCGGUUGAGAUGUUUGAGAAGAAGGCGAUGCAGGUGCUUUGGAAAUGCAGCUUGUGGGCGAGGGAGUUGCUGGCGGCCUACCUGACUGCCAAGCGAGGCCGGCCUGAGCCUCUAGGCAAAGUCCUCGAGGGCUGCGGACAUCUGGCCGAGGAGGACCUUCGGCAGCAGCUGCGGAGGGCCGGCCUCGAGGCCUGA